GGCGUCGCGACGCUGCGCGUUUUAAUCGAGCGCGCCUGUCAAAGUUUGCAGGAGCGUCGCUAUAUUUAGCUAGUUCCAAGAUGAAGGAAGCGAGAAACGAGUCACCGAGCUCGGAUGUGUUUUCCGAUGGAAUGGACUCCCUUUCGAUGAGGGACAAAUCGCUGAUAAAGCGGUCCGUGUCGAAGCACCAUAACAACAACUUCACCGCCGGCUACGUGCCCGUGCACGAGCAACACUUGCAGAAGACGGGGUUGCGAGGCCGCAAGACGUUCGCCUUCUGGACGCUCGUCGGGCUUCUCUUCGUCCUGGCCAUCGGCAAUCUCACGCUGACGAUGACCAUUCUCGGGGUGUUGCGUUUGGGGCAGGGAAUGCAGAGUCUGGAGCUGGUGCCGGAGCAAUCGGCGAUCAAGCUCUUCGGCAACGCCGAUUUGAAUGACAUCUACAAGCGGGACGGGAGGAUCGAGGGUUUCAAGGAUUACCCAGUCGACAUCACCGGUUACAACUCGAGUCUGCACAUCAAGCUGUCAGGGAAGAACGAGAGAGCGUUUAAUAAGCUGAUCAUGGAUAGGAACGGAACAACGAUUAGGAACACGAAAGUCUUCAGGGUGAAGAACGAUAAUAAGUUGGUGUUCAGCACCGAUUCGCCUACGUUCAAUAUCGAGAAGCCGGUGAACAAUCUGAGAGCGAAGGCGACGCACGCGAGUCGCGUCGUCAGCCCCAUCGGUUCCGACCUGCAGUUCGAGGGUCACAGGAUCAACCUUAAGGGUGCAGAGGGUACGGCCAUGGAGGGCAGCACCAUCUCCAUGACCGCCGACGAUGACAUCACUCUCAAAUCGCUCAACGGGUCCAUCAUUUUGACGAGCGCCGGCGGCAUCCACGUGGACACCAAAAAACUACCCAUCUACAUACCCAAAUUCGCCAAUUCGAAACCCAUCAAUCUUCAGUACAAGUUGUGCGUCUGCAUGCCGCAGGGCAACCUCUUCAAGAUACCCGUCACCAAGGACAACGAUCGAGUCUUCUGCAACAACAUCAACAUAUCGCAAUUCAAUCCCUGCGCCCAGAAGUUCUUCUAAUCUGUACUCACCUAAAAUCAAGAAAAAUAGUCUUAUUAUGACUUUGUUGGCAUGGCAAUAAAUUAUAAUGAAUCAUAUUAAAGUAAAAUUAUUUUCGAAAAUUUAAAUAGUAAACGAUAGAAAAAUGUAACGUAUUUAGUUUUAGAAUUGCAAGGAUUUUGUAAGGAAAUGGAAGGAUUUGAUGCGAUUAAUAAACGUUAAUCAUCUCUGUAUGCACGAGGGGCAAAA